GUAAACAAAGAUGGCUUCCCUUGUUCCUAGUUAUGGAAGUGAUGAGGACUCAUCUUACACAGAUUCAGAUGAUGAUGGAAAGACUUUGACGACGUCAGUAUCAUUUUAUGCAUGUGCUGAAUAUAUACACCUGCUAAUGUUAAUAAAUGGACGUGGUUUUCUUCUCGGCAUGCAACAUAUACAUGCUACGGAAUAAUGACCAGUGAUCACAAUUUUAACAGGGCAAAGAGUAAAACACAAGACAAAGCAAAGCAGAAUUUCUUUGAUGCUGGUGUAGAGAGUUCAGAUGAAAGUGAAAAGGAGGAGGAUAAAGAUGAUAAAGAACGUCUUCCGAAUCCCAUGCUGGGAGGCCUCCCCCAGCCUGUGUUCGAUACAGACAAUGAAAAACAACUGCUCUCUGUGUUCACAAACCCUUUUGAACAAGCAGAGCAAGCUAAAAAUACUGUCCUUGAAAAACAUGUAAAAAUGGUGGAGAGAAACAUCCCAAAAGGACGAGCAGGACAAGUCUGCUUCAAAUACAAGAAAGGAAAGUGUCCCUAUGGUAAAAAUUGUAGGUAUUCUCAUGACUUGAGCUCGGAACUGAUUUCCAAGCCACCAGCAAUGACGGAGGAAAAAUCGGCCUUUGAUUUCCAUCACCACUCUAUUACUGUGCAAAAAAUUGAACCUGAGGUGGAGGAUGAUGACAGUUAUAUGGCAAAUUCCAAGAGGAAAAAGAGGGCCGGGGUGACUGAUAACAUAGUGCCAUCAAAAAGAGCUUUAAAACCACUCGAUAAACAACGACGCAGUGAAAGACCAUGGACAGUUUUAGAUUAAAUGAUUGUUGCAUGCUAACAUAGUGUUGUUUUAUGAUUGUAUUCCUUCCUUUGGUCCAUGUUUAUAUAAACUUUUGCAGCCUUCAUGAAACUCUUUUGAGUUGUCCGUCAGUAAGAGUAGUGGUUCUGCCUGUUUGUCUGCAAAAUAUUUAACCUUGGCCAUAACAUUUAAAUGGUUUAUAGUGAUAGGGCUUUCAUAUUUCACAUGGGUAUUCCUUGUGACAAGACCUUACUUUUGGUACCGGAAUUACUUUGCUGCCAUACAGGACAUCAGUGUUUGACAAACACAUCUGGUUUUCCAUAAUUGUGAUAGAUUUGAUUGAUUUACAAAUAUUAUUGGAUUUAUUAAAGUUAUAGAUGUC